CCCAGUUGCAUUGAGGGAGAUGGCAACGGUUGAAGUCGAGCGUCAUCGAGGCCGUCUGGCGGCCCUGGCCAUAGCGGCAGUAGUGAUCGCUGUAGGAGUUCCUCUAUGGUGGAAAACUACUGAGACAUACAGAGCCUGGUUACCUGUUGCUCAAAUCAACGAGCUAGCUCAGCUACAGCUCCAGCUGAGUGUGGAGGUUGAGGUGGUGUUCUCUAAAGGAACUCUGACUGCUGAACACCAGAAGAAGAUUCCGCCUUCUAACACACGUCAGGAGGAACACGUUGUGGACGAGACCACCAGGUUGAGGUACAGGUAUGAGACAAGGUACAGAACCGCUACCAUCAUGGAGGAGGACGCCCUGAACCAGUCUACAGCUGCAGAGGCUGACAUCUCCCUCCACAUGCUCAGUGAGAGCCCAAGUGGCUCCGUGGUCAUCUAUGUUGUCCCAGAAUCCUCCACAGUCCUACCGGAGGGUGUGAGUGUGUAUGUGGGCCAGAGGCGGACUGCGUUGUUGCGUGCUGGCGGGCAGAUGAGAGUGGCAGUGGCCCUGAAGGAGGUGUUGGCCAGCCUGGAGACAUGGAUCAAACAGGUGCUUCAGGUGAUGUCUUUCAGCCAUGGUGACAUCACAGCAGCCCUCAGCGACCGCGUGCGUCCAGGCGACAGGAGCAGAGAGGGUCUGGCCGACAGCAUGCGAGCAUUCAAGUCUAGCCCAGGUUAUGAGAUCACCUUCAGUCUGUUGAACCCUGACCCCACCUCUCACCUCCUCCACUGGGAUGUAGAAGCAGCCAUCAGCAGCUACAUCCAGCCUCUCCUCUCCAAGAUGGCCCCUGUGGCCAACUUCAGUAUUGACUCCCAGAUCCUCUACUACGCUGUUCUGGGGGUCAACCCUAGAUAUGACCCCACACUCAACGCAUACACACUCAACGCUGACAGCUUAUCUCAUGUCAUUAACCCAGUGGAGGCCAGACUGGGCUCCAGCGCUGCGUCCUCCAACCCAGUGUUGAAUUUCCUGCUGUAUGUUCCAGACUCACGCCACUCCCCCCUCCACAUCACAGACCAUCGCAGACACACCGUCCCAUCCAACGCCUUCAGCUCCCCUCGCUGGGGAGGAAUUAUGGUUUAUAAUGUGAACGCCAGUGGCACUGAGCUCCCUGUUGAUGUCCACAUAGACAUGAGAAGAGUGAUGGGAGUCUUCCUGCCUCAGCUACGGCUGAUGUUGGGUGUCCAGUCGGCAGCCCCUCCCCCUGGUUUCCUGAUUGGCCCGUGUGGCAAUGCGGGAUUGGCUGACUGGGAGUUGGACCGCCUGAUGUGGACUCGCAGUGUGGAAAACGUUGCUACAGCAACAACAACCAUCACAUCAUUGGCCCAGUUGCUGGACCAGAUCGGAAACAUCGUCAUCAACGACAACAUCGCCGAACAGGUGUCGUCUGCAGUAGCCUCUCUCCAGUUGGCCGUGGGUCAGUUGGAGGUGGGGAACCUAGGUCUGGCCAUGCAGUACAGUAAGGAGGCCAUCCUCCAAUCAGAGCGGGCCUUCUUUGACCCCUCUCUGCUCCACCUUCUCUACUUCCCUGAUGACCAGAAGUUUGCCAUCUACAUCCCUCUGUUCCUACCCAUGUGUGUCCCUAUCCUGCUGUCACUGCUGAAGAUGGCUUCCGAGGUCCGCCAGAGACCAGGCCAAGGACAGGCCAAGAAGGACUGACACACACACAGACAGACAGACUGAACUGGGCCAAGAAGGACUGACACACACACACACUCACACUGAACUGGGCCAAGAAGGAUUGACACACACAACACACACACACACACACACACUGAACUAGGCCAAGAAGGACUAAGGGAGGGACGAUAAAACUUCUCACACACACACACUGAACUGGACCAAGAAGGACUGAGGGAGGGACGAUAAAACUUCUCACACACAUACUGAACAUGGCCAAGAAGGACUGAGGGAGGGAUUAUAAAAACACACACAUGUUCACAAUCACACACACUCUGAACUGGGUCAAGAAGGAUGGACUUAACGACUGAUCUGAUUAUGAAUAUGAACAAUUUCUGUUGAACCUUGUGUUCAAUUGUGGGCUAAUUUAAGUUACAAGUGGCCUUGAUCCUGUUAACUACUGGACUACUGAUACUGACCUACCACGUCAACAGUGACAGUGACCUCAGGCCAGGCUUUACAGCAAACACCUGAAUCCAGGGGUGGAGGCCAGGCUUUACAGCAGUCUGAAACACCUGAAGGCAGGGGUGGAGGCCAGGCUUUACAGCAGUCUGAAACACCUGAAGGCAGGGGUGGAGGCCAGGCUUCACAGCAAACACCUGAAUGCAGGGGUGGAGGCCAGGCUUUACAGCAGUCUGAAACACCUGAAGGCAGGGGUGGAGGCCAGGCUUUACAGCAGUCUGAAACACCUAAAGGCAGGUGUGGAGACCAGCAUCAUUAGGAUUUUGUACAUGGAUAUGUUGCUACGUUUAUUUGCCUGAUGUGUCAUUUGGGAGGAACGUGUCUUUCAUAUUGCAAUAUCAGGGUUUAGUCUGGGGUUUAUAUGAUUUAGUUUAUAAUGUUUAUGUUGAAAGAAAUGUAUGUUCUGCAUUAAAGAUAGACUGUUAGGGGUUGCUUAAUACUGGGAUACUUAGUUUCUACUGUCGUACCCCAUCUGAGCCCAACAUAUGAGGUUGUUUUGCUCCUUUGCUUUUAAACAAUGUAGAAUGUACACUGUAUAGACUCAACAUAGUUAAAACAAUACUGUUGAUAUUUUGAAUGAUCAAGCUUUUAAGCGCUCUGUUUUAUGAAUUAUAGAGUAGUUACAUUUCUCCAGGUCCAUCACUAAGCUUUUUACCAAAACAUAAGUGUGGUGAUUGUUUCUUAUUGUUCAAAUUAAGGAUCCCAGCUUUAAGUAAAUUAACGGAAUUUAUAUGUAUUUAUUGAAGUCUGGUGUACAUAAACCCAGAUGGGAAACUUUCUGUCUCUCUCUGUCUGACUGCUGAUAUGUUUGUAUGGUUUUGUUUAAUCUUUGUUUAUAUGAGAUGACAAUGAACAUAAAUUGUAUUUUGUUAUCGUGUUCAAAUCUUGAAGUUGGUUUAGUAACAUUAAAUAACUUAUUGUGGGAACUAU